AUGUCAUCACAAUCUGUUUCGUCUUCAUCAUCUGUGUUACCCUCAUCCAUAAAUAUACAGUCAUCUUCUGAUCCNGGAGAGGGUAGUUUUAAACAUUACUGGGACUGUUCCACCCGUAUAUUUAUCUACCUGUGGGCUUUAGCCAAAGUGGUGCUAGGCCUCAGUUACUGUUGUACGUUGCUGUCGUUUCUAAUCCAACCACUGAAACAGACGCCAUUAACGACUGUCAAGGAAUUGAGGGAUGCUGUCGUCAGUGGUCAAUAUCAAUUUGGAACGUUUGGAGGAACUUCUCUUUUAGCAAAUUUGAUGGAUGAAGAGGAAGGAGUCUUGAAGGAUUUAGCUGAUCAUAUAAGAAAACAUCCUAAAAAUAUUCUUGGGGAAUUCGAAAAGGCCAUGGAAAGAGUGAAAAAAGAAAAAUUCGCCGUGCAAAUAAUGAAACUUCAUUUUAUGAUAAAAGCUAGCAGAAUUGGCCUGCAUGAUUUUUACGUGCCCUCAGACACUAUUGGAUUUAACUUAGUCAGUAUAGCUUUCAGAAAAGAUUUUCCUCUGAUGGAAGAAGUUAAUAUGGUAAUUCAUCGCAUGGUAGAAUCUGGAUUGUAUGUUAAGAAAGUGCAGGACUUAUUUUUCAAGGCGAAACUUAAAGGUCCGCUUCCAGAACCAACAAAUGCUCACAGACCUUUAUCCAUUUUUGAUGUCUAUAUGUUAUUUCUUGUCUUAGUUACCGGUCUGAUGCUGUCAACAUGUUGUCUGAUAUUAGAAGUUGUGUACAAUAAAUAUUGGACGUCCUUAUGAGAAUCAAAGUUGCCUUCA